AUGUACUCUAAGACUCAAUUGAAAUAUUUCCAUAUCAAAGCUGCAAUGCCAUCGUCUGAUAUUUCCCACAGAGUUAUUGAACUAGACCCUUCCCUUUCCAGCUCUUUCACAAUUCAAAUUGGUAGAGCUGCCCGUACUCCAAAUCAGUUAUCAGGGACUGAUAAGGUGCACAAGUUAUCAAGAGUGGCAGACAAAGGAAAUUUGUAUUUUAAUGAAAGAACAAUCUCCAAGUCUCAUGCUUCUGUGAAAAUUGAGUUUUCAAAAGCUGGUGUUCCUUCUAUUGUAUUAGAAGAUCAAGGUUCCCAACAUGGUGUGGUUUGGGGGAACAAACGUAUCCCUACAAAUACUAAAAUCAGAAUUAAAGAAAAUGAUUAUGUUGGUCUUGUUGAUAUUUUGAAUAAAAAUCAAUUCCAUUCUGACUCUUGUUUUACUGCUGAUCCAGAUACCGUUUACUUCACACCAGAUUCUUCUUGGAAGGAUGCUUCAGUUAAAUCUUGUAAAAUCUUGUUAAAGUUUAAAACUAACAUUAUCAGUCACAAAUCAGGCACCACAACCACUACAUUGGAUGUUGAACAGAUGGAUCCAAAGGCCUUUGAAGCGUUGAGAAUUGAUGAGUCAACUGAUUAUGCUUCAAAUGUGAAAUUACCUUCUGAUGGUUCUUUAGAAUGCUCUGAGUCUGAAGAAGUCGUGGAAUUGGAUACUGUUCCAGAGCUGGAUUCACUGGUUUGUGAAGCUACUGUUGAAAACCACAAACUCAUCGAUGAUUAUAAUGAGGAUGAUGAAGAUGUUGAUCUUUUCGAUGUGGAUACAAAGCAAGAUACUGAACUUAUCAGCGGUUCUGAAGAAGAUCAUGAUGAAAACGAAGAUGAUUGUGUUAAUGACCUUGGUGUAAUCAAUCAAGGUAAAAGAAAACUAAAUGAUACAUCAUUCUUGCUUUCUGAGCCUGGCUUUGAAUCAGAUUCCAACUCCGGAUUUGAUGAUGAAGAUAUUGAUGAGAUUUUACUGCAACCAAUCAGAAAGAAACAAAAGUCCACCCCUGUUACUAGUGAUUAUACAUCCAGUGUCAGAUCACACGUUGCUGCAGGAUUUACAGGACUUGCUGUUGGUGCUGUCAUGACAUUUGCAACACUAGCUGCUCUUGGUGAACGUUUUGCGGAAGGAAUAUGA